GCUCACAUCUUCAACCGCUCUACGCUAAUUCCAAAUUCCCAAAUCAAAACCCUAAUUCGAAUUGAGUGUUAGCGAUGGCACCAAAGCCAGAGAAGAAGCCAGCGGAGAAGAAGCCCUCGGAGGAGAAGAAGUCGACGGUGGCAGAGAAGGCUCCAGCGGCGGAGAAGAAGCCAAAGGCAGGGAAGAAGCUGCCGAAGGAGGGAGGAGCUGGCGGAGACAAGAAGAAGAAGAGAAGCAAGAAGAGUGUGGAGACAUACAAAAUCUACAUCUUCAAGGUUCUGAAGCAGGUUCACCCAGACAUUGGUAUCUCAAGCAAGGCCAUGGGAAUCAUGAACAGCUUCAUCAACGACAUCUUCGAGAAGCUUGCUCAGGAAUCUUCUAGACUUGCCCGCUACAACAAGAAGCCAACCAUCACUUCAAGGGAGAUCCAGACCGCGGUCAGGCUUGUGCUGCCCGGAGAAUUGGCCAAACACGCCGUCUCCGAAGGUACCAAGGCCGUCACAAAGUUCACUAGCUCUUGAACUGACGUUUUAUUGUCUUCAUCAACCCUAAAGUUUAUUUUGUGUAUCGGUUAGAUCUAGGGUCCUAUGCUUAGAUUUAAAUUAGUAGUUUUUAUUUUUAUUUUUAUCCCUUUAUGAUUUGUAAUUGAAGACUUUGGAUCGGGUUGAUCCUUUUGUGUAUGGAAAGGGUAAUACUGAUUAUAUAGUUGCGUGCUUACAUUUGCUGCAA